UACACUAAAACCCUUUACCCUCUUACCCAUGAGUGUGUACACUUACAUGUGUAUCUGAAUUAUAGUUAUCUGUGCCAUGCUGUCAAUGCUAUGUUGGCUUAUCUGUCACGCUGUCAAGUGUCAACUGUCAUCCUUAUCUUCGUUCUUCAAAGAAUAGAAUUUUCGUUCUUCCAAUCACUUCGAAUCUUCAAAAAAUCUUUUUUUGCAAGCAAAGCAAAUUUAAGAAAACAUCUGAAAUGGCUAGGCCAGGUAAAGAGGAUGCUGCUGAAGAUGCAAAGAAGAUAGUAGACGAUGCAAAGAAUUUUAUUGAAAAGGCAAUAUCAGAUAUUGGUAAAACGUCUGCAACAAAGCAGUUAAUUUUAGGAACUACGUCAGGGUGGAUAACUGGUUUUCUAUCUAUGAAAAUAGGGAAGAUAGCUGCAGUUGGUUUGGGAGGCAGUGUUAUUCUAUUACACAUUGCCAGCCAGAAGGGAUACAUUGAUAUUAAUUGGGAUAAAAUCAACAAGAGAGUUGAUAAAAUCAGUGAUAAGAUAGAAAAGGAAGCAACUGGAAAAUCUCCUGAUUGGAUUGAAAAAGUUGAGAGAUUUGUGGACCGCAAAUUGGACAAAGCUGAAGACCUAUUGAAGAAAAAAGAAGUCAAAGCUAAACGCUGGGUCCAUAACAUAACUGGAGAUGAUCACUAUCGUGCUACUGAGUCUCACGUAUUUCUGGCAUCGUUUGUUGCCGGAAUGGCCAUUGGUCUCCUCUGCGGGAAAUAGACUGUAAGUCAGGGGUAAAUAAAUAUUAUUACGAUUUCAAAAAUGUUUAGAAACUGUUAACUAUAAAAUUUUCUGAUAUAUUGACCACAAUAUAGUGAUAGAAUUUGGAACCUAGAUAUAUAGCUUGUUGAAUAUAAAAUAUCAAAUUUUAUUUACUUCUCUAUUUAAAAGUCAAUUCAUUUGUCAUUCUCAAGGAGCACAAUAAAAGAAUUAGUUUUUAUACAAUUUGCUGAGGAUAAAAGUUUAUUUAGUUUCUCCGACAGCAGAAUGAUACGUCUACUGAUAGCAAUGUUUAUCGCAAGUACAACAAAAACAAAGUAUCCAACUAUUCACAGACUAAUUUUUUUUUUAUAUAAAAAUUAUAAUAUUGAGAAUAACCAAAUACAAUAUAGUCCCUAUGGUUUAUAUUAAUAUGAUUGGGGUUUCUUUGUUGCAUCCCUCCCACGAUUGAACCUAAGGGCCUAUACACACGUAGCAACUAACCACACCAAAACAAAAUAAAAACACGUAGUCGAGUUUUUAAUUAAAAAUGUUAAGCUCAUUUCACACUGGCCACAUUUUAUUGUUUAACCGUGAACAUAGGUCGUACUGCAUCCUCCGGCAACAUAGCAAAUGAGUGGCAAGCCAUACUGCGAUAAUGUGACAUAAUAUUGAAUAUACUUAUGGAACUAAAACCUGAAUCGAGCUAUGUACAAACUACAAACACAGUAUCAAUUAAUUGUAGUCAGUGUGAAAAUUUAUAGAUUUGUACAUCAAUUGGAUCUUUGUGAAAUGAAUAUCAAGGACAUUAAAAAAGCGGACGUAAUGUCACUUAAAAAUGAUUGGAACACCAAAUAUCAGUGGUGUAUUUAUGUCGUGUACUUGCAACACCGAAAUAUAUGAAGCGUAAUGACGACUCAUGCCAUACGACGGAUGUCUUUGGUGUCAAUGUGUGUGUAUUCUGCGUAUAAGUAUAUAGUAGCCAGAUGCCACAGUCAUUAUUUCAAAAUACUUAUGUCCGCCUGUUUGUUAAUGUCCUUGGUGAAUAUUAUAUAACAUUCGAUGUAAAAGAAGUUUGUGGUCGCAGCAAUCAGCACACCUUUAUUGAUAUGGUAACCACUUUUCGUUGCUGCGAUGUGGUUGUAUUAAGUGUUAAUAGACCUUAGAUUUUAAAAUCAUCUCAUUUUAGAAGUAUUAUUACUAUACCUAUUUAAAAAUCGAAUAAUUAUAUAAAUGAUGUAGUGCCCACUAUAUUCGUCACAAAAUAAGAGGUCAACCCUGACAUUUGUCAGUCUAUGUACCGCUAUCACUAUAAUUUGUUAACAAAAACCACGUAAGAAAUGAAAAAUCUAAUUCAUAAUAUUAAUUCAUUAGUACGCUACUUUUAUAAAGAAUAUCGUUCAUAAACAUCAAUUAAUGUCGAAAUGCCACCGCCGCCAUUACCUACAAUUUUAGGUUGGUUAUCUGCCAGUAAUUUUUAAAUACAUUUACAAGACAUUCAACAUUAAAUACAUUUCGACAUUUAUCUAUUAAUAUUUUAUUAGACAUGUAUAAAACAUCUAGGAACCAAAGUUUAAGAGUAGGUACUUAUUAACUAAGAACCUAUAGAUCUUUAAUAUUGUCAUGACAUUGAUUCGUCAAUGCCCAACGCAGUUUUAGGCUGUAUCGGAAGUUCUUGAACUAAGUAUUGUUAUAUUUUCUGUUCUGAUGAUUACAAACUAAUUAUUUUAACUCGAUAUGACUUAGGAAUCUUCAGUCAAAAUUUAGUCAUAAACAGCAACUGACCUUAUUUACCUCUCACUACCAGGCACUGUCAGACCUCUUAUUUUGUGACGAUUUCGGUCAACCUCAAGAUGUUUGUAGUGAGCAUUAGCGUAGGAUUUAAUCUCUGUAAGAAGUAAUAUACCUAAUCCUUAUUAAUAAAUUAUUUAAAUAAUGA